CCGCGAUACGAAUCGGUUGUGCUUUUUUGGCGUGUCGCUCUUUUUUCGGCCGCGCGAUCGAGCCUUCUGUCCACUUCUGUGUACUACUCACUACCCUUUUCGAGUACUCCUCCAGUGUCGUCCGUUGCGUUUGCGCGCGUUUUGCUUAUCCGUUUGGGUCUCUGUACCGCGAAGUUCGAGUGUUUCUGGAGUGUGUCGUAGGGACCUCUGAACCGCGCGUGUGGUUCCCGCGUGAAGAAUUGGUGCUUUGCUAGUGGUGACAACGGCUGCAGCAAAAUCAGUGAUAUCUAGAUAAGCAACUCCGUAAACGUAGUGUGCAUCUUGGUGGUGCGAAGAUCGUGGUGUUGAAUUCUCGUGUUUGGGGGUUUCAGUGUUUCGGCUAGCAAGUUUACAGCAAAAAUCUUCUGAGUGCACCUCCUGCAGAGUGGGUGAUCCCCUCCGUCCAGUGACCGGAAGUGGCCGGUAGUCCCCCGCGAGGGACCAACCCCCUUUAUUUCGACCCUUUCCGAACCCUUCGACGCCGCCGGGACCGGUUUCGCGCCGCGGGAGAUGGCCUUCUCGAGGGCCCACUGCUACUAUUACGGUAGCAUCUUGCUACUGUUGCUCUACUUUGGGGCCACCCUGGUCCAGAGUGGGGCACCGGUUCGACCCGGCACGGGCAACCCGUCGCCGCGACUUCCGCGGACGAGCGCCAGCCAGCUGUCGGCCCAGAAUGGCAACACCACCGGAACGCGUAACUUGACCGCCAAGAAUCUCACCACCCAGCAGACACGUGGGAACUACAGAUCAAGGGAGCAGCAGCUGCUGAAUGUGUUCGAAGUGGUGGUAUCGACGUUGGAGGGCAAACUCCAGCGGAUAGACAACCUGGACAAGGCGGUGGAGCAUCUGAUGCGACGGGUGGAAUCGUUGGACAACAAGAUGGCAGACAACAUCCACAAGACCGAUUCGGUCAUCUCGAAGCUACGAAACCUGGACAGCAAACUUACCAGCGAGGAUGAUCGCCCGAACAGUGUGCGAACAGCCAAGUCCACCAACAGUUUGGACAGUAGAUUAGUCUCACUGGACCAAAAAGUCAGCGAUAUCGAUCACAAGCUCAACGGGCUCAAGAACCAAAUCGACAGUAACUUCCUCCCAGUUGACGACAUCAACGCCGAAGCCAGUGAGCGCAAAACGGUCAGCAUGAACGUGGCGGAGAUUACCAAGGCGAUGCACUCCGAAGUCAUGGGACACAUCACCAAGGAACUCGGCCAGUUGCGAUCGAUCUCCGAAGGAAUCGACAAGAAGCUGCAGUUCCACAUCAACAUAGUUUCGGAAAACCUCGGCAAAACCAUCAACCUGCUCAACGAAGUGCACGACGCCGUCGUUGACCACAACAUCAACUUCAGCUACAACAGCACCUCGACCCUGCCACCGUUCGUCAAAGCCAGCAAGAUCGACAUCCUGGUCAAGCAAAUCCGCCCAAUCAUGUCGGUGUCGGAAAAGAUGGACGAAGUCUGGGACGUCGUCGUGGGUACCAAGAGUUCCGUCGACGACCUGGUGCCCAAAUCGGACGCGCUGCUCACCCAGAACCAGCGCCAGGAGCGGGCGAUCGGCGAGAUUCACCACGAUCUCAAGACCAAAACCAACCUGAUCAUCAACAACCUCGACAUGGUGGAGAAGCGGCUCAAGAAGCAGGAGGACGACGUGGCGGUGCUGGCCCAGCGCCCCGUCCCGGCGGAACUUCUGAUGGAUCCGACGAUCGACCGGCUGGUGGAAUACGAUCCCAACAGAUACUCGAUCGUUGAGGACUUCACGGAGCCCCUUCCCACAACGACCUACCCUUCGCUAUCCUCCUCCUCAACGGCCAGCAGUAGCAGUAGCAGCAGCAGCAGCAGCACAACCACCGCCAGCAACCAGAUCCCGGCGAGCACCAGCAGCAACACCAUCACCAGUGGCAACAGCAGCCAGACCGUCCAGGCCGGAGGUAAAACCGUUUCGCGCAAGGGUGGUAUCAUCUUCCCCAGUGUGAAGAACAAACCGUCCGUGCUGAACAACACCUUCGCCACCGACAGCCUGCUCUUCAAGGACAUUAAAGGAUUCUCCUGUACCGACCUGAUGAACGCCGGCAUGCGCCAGUCCGGCGUGUACUACCUGCAGAUCCGCGGCACGACCUACUGGUUCCUCAAAGUCUUCUGCGAGCAGGAGAUCGCCGACGGCGGAUGGACUGUCAUUCAACGGCGUGACGACUUUGGCGAACCCCGGGAGAACUUCAACCGCGACUGGGCCGACUACAAGAACGGCUUCGGCGAUCCGGGCAAGGAAUUCUGGCUCGGCAACGAGAACAUCUACAUGCUGACGAACAACGAGGACUACUCGCUCCGGGUCGAGCUGGAAGAUUUCGAAGGAAACAAACGGUACGCACAAUACUCCCACUUCAAGAUCCACUCCGAGCAGGACUACUACAAGCUGGAGAUUGACGGGUACGAGGGUACCGCCGGAGACUCGCUGAACGAUCCCUGGUAUGGCUCGAACAAUAGCCCCUUCUCGACGUACAACCGCGACAACGACCGGAGUUCGCUCAACUGUGCCAGUAUGCUCAAGGGCGGCUGGUGGUGGAAGUCAUGCGGCCGAGGCCUGAACGGUCUCUAUCUGCACGACCCGCAGGACCUGACCGCCCGGCAGGGCAUCGUCUGGUUCCGCUGGAGGGGCUGGGACUACACGCUCAAGAAGGCCACCAUGAUGAUCAAACCGCGAGGACCCCAGGCCGCAGCCCAGCAACAACAACAGCAGCAACAACAGCAGCAGCAGCAACAGCAACAAGGGGGCGGUUCGACGACGACGUAAUAGUGAUAUUUUUUUCGUUUUGUUUUAUGUUUUGUUUUUCCUUUUAUUUUCGGAAAACUUUUUCGCACAAAAACUCCAAUUUUGUACAAACUCUGUUUUCUCUAAACGCCUCUUUUUCCCACAC